AUGUUCAAAGGAAAAAGUUUCAUGUUUAUUGGCCUCGCUGGAGGUGAGAAGGCCAAGUUGGUUGAAAUGAUCGAAGAAGAAGAGGGAGAAAUCCAUAAGAGCAUCAAGAACGAUACCUCCUUUUUGAUUGCUACUGAAAAAGCAGUCAAAGAAGGCGGAGCUACCGUAGCAUCAGCCUUUGAAAAGGGUGUUGUUGUAGUGAAGAAUAGUUUCAUCAUCGAUUGUGUGGACCAAUCUAAAUUGCUUUCAGCUGAUAGUUAUACCUUUGAUAAGGACGGUAAUAUCGGAAAAACCUCUAAUGCUGCUUCUUCUUCAUCCUCCGAUGAUAGCAACAAGAAGAAGAGAAAGAAGAAGGAUGAGGACAAUGAUGAGGACAAUGAAGACGAUGAAGAAUCUGAAGAGAAAAAAGUAGAACCUGAAUCUAAAAAGAAGAAAAUUGUCUCUACUGGUAAAGUUCCUGUGGAUGAAGAGAGUGGAAUGCAAACCUCUGGUAAAGUACUUGUUGAAGGAAAGGACAUUUGGAGUGCAACACUCAAUCAAACCAAUGCCUCGGCCAACAAUAACAAGUUCUAUGUGAUUCAAUUGAUUGAAAGUGGAAGCAAAUACUAUGUGUUCAAUCGUUGGGGACGUGUAGGUGCAAAAGGUCAAUCCAAACUCACCGCCUUCGGUUCUCUUGAUAAGGCUAAAGCUGAUUUUAAGAAGAAAUUCAAGGAAAAGACUUCCAAUACUUGGGAAAAUAGAGACAAUUUCAAAUUUGUCAAAGGAAAAUAUGAUUUCAUUGAGCUAGACUAUGAUGAUGAUGAAGAUGAGGCUAAAGAGGACGAUGAUGAAAAGAUGUCUGAUGACAAAGAUAAACCAAUUCCAGAUUCAAAGCUUCCAAAAAGAGUGCAAGAGUUGAUCAAAUUCAUUAGUAACAAGACCUUUAUUAAUGAUUUAUUGAAAGAAUAUGAAAUUGAUACAAACAAGCUACCACUAGGAAAACUUUCAAAAAACCAAGUUCAAAAAGGUUAUGAAAUUCUCAAGAAGAUUCAAGAUGUACUUGAUGGAAAGAAUACGAGUGAUGAUUUAGAAAGCCUUUCAAGUAGAUUCUUUACUUUAAUUCCUCAUAACUUUGGCAGAAAUACUCCACCUGUUAUUAACAAAACUUUGCUUAAAAAGAAGAUUGAAUUGGUUGAGAGUUUGGCUGAAUUAGAAGUUGCAUCUAAAAUUAUUUCCCACGAAAAGAAGACAGAAAAUCCAAUUGAUACUAUUUAUAAUGACUUGCAUACCGAAUUGACACCUGUGGACAAGAAUUCUGAAGAAUGGAAAUGGAUUGAUAAAUUCAUCCAAAACACACAUGCCCCAACUCACUCAUCAUACACUCUUGAAUUACAGGAUGCAUUUGUCGUAAAGAGAGAAGGAGAGGCUGAAAAGUAUAUUGAAAAGAGCAAAGACAUUGCUAAUAAGCAAUUAUUGUUCCAUGGUUCAAGAAGUACAAAUUUUAUUGGUAUCUUGAGUCAAGGUUUAAGAAUUGCUCCACCUGAAGCACCAGCCACAGGAUACAUGUUUGGUAAAGGUGUUUACUUUGCUGAUAUGUGCAGCAAAUCAGCCAAUUAUUGUCACUCGCACCUCUCUGAUAAUUGUGGUCUGUUAUUACUCACAGAAGUUGCUCUGGGAUCGACAUAUAACAAAACUCAAUCAGAAUUCGUCACCAAGCUUCCAGGUGGAUUGCAUUCUACAUGGGGUCAAGGUGCAACUGAACCUAGUAGCUCUGAAUUUUUAGAAAUUGAUUCUGUCUGUGGGGGACAAAAAGUCCAAGUUCCUCUCGGAAAGCCAGUCAAAACAAACAGAUCAAGUAGUUUACUCUACAAUGAAUAUAUCAUUUAUGACACUGCUCAAGCCAAUUUGAGAUACUUGACCAAAUGUAAAUUUCACAACAAGUACUAA